AUGAGCCACCCAACUGUUUCGCUGGCACUCUUCCAAUGUAAUGCCCGCCACUAUCAAGGUCAAGUCACACAGUCGGGGGUCGCCAGGCCGAGUACGGCUGCGUCCCCACCCCCCACGUACGCACAAACGCGGGGUCGCCGGAACCCUGUGCCCCGCAGCGUUCGAUCUCAGGACCGAGACACCCUGGGCUAGGGUCCCCUUGGUCGCGCGUUGCGCUGUAGCAGCGCCCGCCUUCUGCUUCCCGCCUCCUGCCUCGGUGGCCGCGCAGGAUCUGGCUGCCCUGCUUGCCAGUGUGGAGACUCUGCUGAGAGGCCACAAGAAGAGAAAUAUCCUGUUGGGCCAUGGCUGUUGGCACUGUUUGUUUUUGUUGUCUGUGGCUCAGGACUCAGAGACAAGCAUCAUCUGGAAUGUCUGCAACUGUUCCCUGCAGAGACACGGUCACACAAACACUCCAGCUGCUGCCUCCUCAAGCCUCUUGUGGACAGGCAAACUUGGUGCCAUUCCGCAGACCACUGUGACUAUCUGUGCACCAAACUAUAAUCCCCUGGUUGUUCUUCCUCCUCUUCCUCAUUGGUUGGUGUUUUUAUUUUGUGAUGCUGGACACAGAACCAGGGCCUUUACACAUGUGUAGAGGUAACACUGCCAUUAGGCUACACUCCCAGCCCUCAGCUCUUCAAAACUUUUUAAAAAAUGAUUCUUAGACAGUAGGUAGCUAUUGAUUAGUGAUGUCUGCCAUGACCAUGCUGUGGUCACCAGAGCCAAAGCCUCAUCCUUGUUAUUCCUGGACUAAACUUCUUAUAAUGUACUCUCAGAACAACUGUGUUCAACACUCUCCACUUUCUUCCUUGACGGGAUGUCUCCUAAACAUUUGGUCUUUUCUUAAUAUGCUAUCUGGGCAAUUUUUAAAUUUAGAUUUAGCAUGUGCAAGCUUCUGGUGGUCUUAUAAUACUACUUAUCUCUCCUGAACCUAGUGGCAAAGGGCAGCAAUGUGAUGCAUUCUCUUUGUGGCAAGGGUGUAUCCUGUUUCAUCCCCAGUUAGACUUCAGCGGACAUCAGUGGAGCCAUUUAGUCCCCAGCAUCCUUUGCUGCUUCUCUGACAGACCUCUUAAAUACCAGUCACACCCCAGUUCUCCACUUGUGUAGUCCUAAUUUCAAUUUCAUUUCUCCUCUGACAAACCUUAAUAUUGGUUUCCUAAUUAGGGCCCCCUAAGCCUGGGCGUUCUUGAGUGUCCCCAUCAAAGGGAACUUGGAGUGGACAGGAUUAACUCAUGACCAUUAUUUCCUCCACAAUUUUCUGGCCAGUAAGUGUGUAGUUUAUAAUCAGAACAGUUUAUGACAACAAAACCCUUUUUCCUUUGGAAGGCUGAGGACUUCUGCUAAAAGCUUAAUAAAGAGCAACUAUUGUAAUUGAAGUAGUGGUGUAGUUGCUAUGUGUGUCUAUGUAGGUAUUUUUAUGUGUGUGUUAGUCAAUGCGUAGGUUUCUACAUGUGUGUAAGAUAUUUAGGUUCUGUGUUUCUGUACUUGUAUAUGUAUUUGUGUAUCUAUGUGUUUAUAUAUGUACUGAUAUUCUAUGCGUUGAUGUCUAAGUUUCUAUAUGUAUUUACAUAUACAGGUCUGUAUUUCUCUACUCAUGUGUAUAUGUUUAUUGAUGUGUCAAUUUAUAUGUGUGUGUUGUAUAUAUUUGUGGAUGUCUAUGUUUCUAUGUGUUUGUGUCUGUAUAUGUGUUUGUGUGUCCAUGUGUAUAUUUUCUGUAUAGGUUUCUUAUAUGUAUUCUUUUGUAUGUGUUUAGAUUUCUAUAUGUUUGUGAAUGAAUGCCAAGUCAUGAUGUGUUGUGUGUGUCUCUGUUUAUGCCUGUAUACAUAUGUAUACAAAUGUGUGUCUGUGUAUGUAGGGGGAUAAGGUAUAUAUUGAGGAAGGUGUCUGUAUAUAUUGUGUAUAUGUAGGAACAUGUAUGUGUGCUAAUAUGUAUGUGUGUCAGGGUGCCAAUGUAUGUGCCUGUAUGUAU